AAGGAUAUAACUUAGGGGGUGUGUGGUUAGGAGAGGUUUGAGAGAAAAAGAGCUUUUUGGAGUGAAUUUAGAGGUUUCACUUUAGAAAAAUCUAAUUGGAAGUGUUGAUUAUGCUUCUACUACUUGUGUGUAGUGUCCUAAUGUCCUUCGCCGUAGAUGAAUGAAUACAUGUAGUGUAAGCUAAUGCUGUUGCUUUCUGUUAUAUUGGUUAGGAUAUAACUUAAGGUUUUCAGACUGCCUGUUUCAUCUGUUUGGACUCUUAGAAUAUUUUUACCUAGAGUGUGGCAUUAUGGUUAUGUAAAGAUGGUUGUGGGUCGGGCUGAGCCACGGGCCAUGGGCCUAAGCUGUUGGGCCCAAGCCACGCCCACUAUGCAUCGUGCCGGGCUGGCUGAGAUGUGGGAGAAGGUAGAAAUGAAGCAAGCCGAGGCGAAGAUCUUGCGUUCUGAAGUUGAACAAGAAGAGACUAGGAGGAUUAUGAAUCUUAGGUCUGGUAAGAAUUAGGUGUUGCAUUGAAGAAGUUCGAUGUGGACCGAGUUUUGUGAAGGUUAUUGGAACAAUGCGGCAGGUAGAUUGAAUUAUUGGAACAAUGUGAGUUCUAUGGUUUAGUAUUUUCAAGUUUGAAGAAGAUUGGAUAGAGAUUCUUGUCUAAUUAAGCCUUUUAGGAUGUACAUCCCUUUUAAGUGGCUUUUUAUGUUUAAGAUGUUUUUAGGUACAGUGAGGUGCUUUGGUUGUGUUUUAGGUAUUGUUAAAUUCUUAUGGUAUGGAAUGCUUAAUGCUAGUUCUGUUAAUCUAAUGCUUAUUGUUCUUGCUGUUGUUUCUAAUGCUUAUUGUUCUUGCUGUUGUUUCUGUGUUUUUCUAUUUUGCGAGUGUUGAUUUUGCUUCUACUAACUUGUGUGUAGUGUCCUAAUGUCCUUCACCGUAGAGGCGUAGAUGAAUGAAUACAUGUAGUAUAUAAGCUAAUGAUGUAGCUGUCUGUUGUAUUGGUGUGGAUUAUAACUUAAGGUUUUCAGAUAUUAGCGUUUCAGACUGCCUGUUGCGCCUGUUUGGACCCUUGUAAGAUUUUUGCCUAGAGUGUGGCAUUAUGGUUAUGUACUUAUGUAAAGAUGGAUUCAGGCCGGGCUUCGGGGCGAUCCCAAGCCAUGUCCACUAUGCAUCAUGCUGGGCCAGGCUGAAAAGUUCAAAACAUGGCCCAGGCCUGGCCCAAGCCCGUGGGCUGUCGGGCUAUUGUGUCUAAGCCAAAUUUUACUAAAUAUAGCGUGCCUUGUCGUGCUUUUUCCCAAAAAUGCGGCCCAUUGCCCACAACUAUGUGCUUGUCCGGGCCGGGUUUUCUCCAUGUGUCUCUUCGUAUAAAGAGGGAUGUUUUCCUAUUUUGUUCAAAAGUUUCUUGAUCUGUAACAAUGCCUCCAAGCCGAUAAACUAAAGAAAGAUAAGUUCAGUUUAACAGGUACGAGUUCAGACUUCAGAUCAUAACCACUCUGUAUAAUUAUGUCCAGAGUUCAAUUCAAGACGAAUCUAAGUAUCCAACUAGGUUAAUUUAAAGAAUAUUCUCUUUUAAAGUAAUAAUAAUCUAAGUAAUCCUAACCAAAUUAUACAAGUAAUUCUCUUAAUUAUGUAAGAUAAACCAUGAAGAGCAUAUCGAGAAUCUUCACAGAGCAACAUAUAACUGGUUGUACAUAAAAAAUUGUCGCGAAUAUCCAUCAAUACAAGAAACCAACAAAAUAUCCAAAGGUGUUCACUUGACGCAAUCACAGUAAGAAGCCAAUCUGGAACUCUUUGAUUUAUUCUAAAACGAUUCUCAGAAUCUGACUUUUUAUGCGCAACAUUACACAAUUUACAAUUCUUUGUCACAUCUAAUCUUUACACUAUUUCGACCUUUUAACAAUUUUAAAUGCUUAAACAACACCCCCAAAAGUCAAAUAUAUCAGCAGCAGUCCCUUUUAUCAUAAUCUAAUCAUUAUCCCUAUCUUAAUCAUCUUCAAAAUUUUCUAUCUUUUAUAUUCAUAAUUCUCUCCUCUCAAAUUAUUCAAGUUUUUAAUCCUUAAUCACUUCCUGUUUUAAUGGAUAUCGCGGCUCAAUUAUCCUCUUAUUAUGAUCAUGAUACCCUUAAACUUCCUCAGUUUUUCCUGUUUUUUUCAUUCAUCUAUGUUUCUGCACAUAAAAUCUUCGAGAAUUGGGGUCCUAAGCAUCGUUAUGAUGCAUGUAGUUGCUUAUUAUCAUUCUUUCAUGGAACCCCAUCAGUUAUUCUAGCAGUUUUUGCUCUGUUUCUGGUAAAAAACACAGAAAAAAACCAGGAAAUCCCAACAGUUUUUGCUUCAGAAAACACCCCAUUUCAGAACUUAGUACUCGAAUUCAGCACAAGUUAUUUCAUAAUGGAUCUUCUUCAUUACUUCAUCUUUAACCCACAUGAUGUUCUCUUUAUUGCUCAUCAUUUGGCAACUCUGUUUACGCUUCUAACUUGCAGGUUUAUGGUCAAUCAUGGUGCUUUUGCUAUCCUGGUAAUCUUGGUUCUUGCAGAGGUGACUAGUCCACUGCAGAAUGUAUGGUCUUUAGCAAGGUUACGAAAGAGUGAUUUUCGUGCAGCGAAAAAAGUGUAUGAUUUCUUAUCACCAGGGUUUUACACAUUCUAUACUGCUGUUAGAGGUGUGUUUGCACCUCUGUUUGUGAUCAAGAUGGGGUUUGUAUACGCUAGUGGCGCGGCAAAUAGCGUGAUUCCGAGAUGGGUUUGGGGUUCUUGGAUGCUGCUAACUGUUUCUGGUAUCUUUGCUAGCUUGUUGUGGAUUUUGAGCCACUGGAUUGAGUUUUACAAAGAUAAGUUUUGCAAGAAAGAGAAGUUGAAAUGAUGUACACUUUAUAUGGUUAUUAUGGCUUGUGUUAGUAGCAAGUAUGUGCAAUGAUGUUUGGCCGGUGCAACCAAUGAGGUCUUGGCUUAGUGGUAAAGACUGGUGGGCUUGUGUAUGAUAGGAAUUAUGGUUUGUCUUAGUAGCAAGUAUAUGCAAUGAUGUUUGGCCGGUGCAACCAAUGAGGUCUUGGCUUAGUGGUAAAGACUGGUGGCUUGUGUAUGAUAGGAAUUAUGGUUUGUCUUAGUAGCAAAUAUGUGCAAUGAUGUUUGGCCGGUGCAACCAAUGAGGUCUUGGCUUAGUGGUAACGACUGGUGGCCUUGUGUAUGAAAGGUAUUAUGGUUUGUCCUAGCAAGUAUGUGCAAUGAUCUUUGGCCGGUGCAACCAAUGAGGUAUUGGCUUAGUGGUAACGACUGGUGGCUUGUGUAUGAUAUGUAUUAUGGCUUGUGUUAGUAGCAAGUAUGUGCAAUGAUCUUUGGCCGGUGCAACCAAUGGGGUCUUGGCUUAAUGGUAAAGACUGGUGAUUUGUAUAUGAUAGGUAAUAGGGUUGAAUCCCUCCUCUCCCGUUUGUAAUUUGUAACAUCCUUGUUGUUGUUUAUUCGCAUCCAAAAAAGAACUUUGGCUUGUGCAGGAUUCCGGCUCGAUAGGGCCUUCACCUUACCUACUUCAAGAAAAAAAAAAUUGUAUAAUGAUCUUGGGGUGAGUGUUGACUAGUGCUUGUAGUUUUUCAGGUUGGAUUACUGCAUCUGUGAAUUUGUAAAAUGUAAUUAAUUUAUUUUGUAGUUUAUGAAUAAAGAGUUUGUAAAGAUUUGUAUUAA